CAACUUCGCACCACUGAAGGAAGAGGAGGAGGUCAAAAAAAGAGAGGGACCUGUUAUUCGGAUGGUCUUGCGUCGCGUCCCCAACAGCUGGUGAGAUGUGGGACGUACCCCAGUCCGGCAAACUCGCCAAAUACGGCGCUGUCACCACAGUUGCAACCAUCGGCCUGGUUCUGCUCCGGAAGUGGAUCGCGGGAGGGGUUUGCCGCAGCCGAGCCCGCUUGAACGGCAAGACGGUUCUGAUCACUGGCUCCAACACCGGCAUCGGCAAGGAGACGGCACGAGACAUGGCUUUCAGAGGGGCGAGGGUGGUGAUGGCGUGCCGGGACAUGAAGCGGGCGGAGAAGGCAGCGAUGGAGAUCCGUCACUCGACGGGGAACGAAAACGUGGUGGUGCAGGAACUGGACCUGGCGUCCCUGCAGUCCGUGCGGCAAUUCGUCCAGGACUUCGCUGCCAGCGAGGAUCGGCUGGACAUACUCAUCAACAACGCCGGAGUGAUGAUGUGUCCCCAAGGGCUCACAGCAGACGGCUUCGAGACUCAAAUAGGUGUCAAUCACCUGGGUCACUUCCUGCUGACCAAUCUGCUCCUGGAGAAGCUAAAGAGCUCUGCCCCUAGCAGGGUCGUCAAUGUGUCCAGUGUAGUCCACAAAGGCGGGAAAAUCCACUUCGAUGAUCUUUUCUUCGAAAAGACAGCGUACAACUCACUGGUCAGCUACAGACAGAGCAAGCUGGCCAAUGUUCUGUUCUCGAGAGAGCUGGCGCGAAGGAUGAAAGGGACGGGAGUCACGUCCUACGCCCUGCACCCCGGGGUGAUCCGGACCGAGCUGGGCCGUCACGUGGAGGCUUGGUCCCCCUUGCUGCUGAAGACGGUGCUGACCGCCCCCUCCUUACUCCUCAUGAAGACCCCCUGGCAGGGGGCCCAGACCUCCAUCUACUGCGCUGUGGCGGAGGGGCUGGAGGACAAAUCUGGCUGCUACUUCAGUGACUGUGCUGAGAAGGAGCCCGCCCCAGAGGGGAAAGAUGAUCUGGCGGCCUUGAGACUGUGGGAGGUGAGCGCCCAGCUGGUGGGGUACAAGGAGAACUGA